GAAGGAGCCAUCUAAAGCUGCAGUUUCGCUAACGAUGUCAGACGCUGACAUUCAGUUUUACACUGGCAUUUCAAGGGAUGCAUUUUUGUCUCUAGUCGAAAUGGUAUCCUUAAUGACAACAGCCAACUCACGAAUCCCUCUUGAGGAUCAACUACUCCUCUCUCUAAUGCGGCUACGUCUGGGCCUCCUUUAUGGUGAUCUCGCCAGGCGAUUUUCCAUAUCUGUUACUCGCAUUUGGGCUAUCUUCGAUAAGAUACUUGGAAUCUUAAAGAAGAUUAUGACGUAUAUCGUGGUCUGGCUGCCACGUGUACGCAUUCAGAGCACCAUGCCAGCAUCUUUUGUAGAGAAUGGCUAUGGCAGGACAACGUGUAUCUUCGGUUGCGCAGAACUCACCUUGCAGAGGCCACGGAAGUUAAUGGCCCGUGCGCAAACGUACAGUGCAUAUAAGGCUGCAAACACUUUAAAGUUUCUUACUGUGAUUGCACCUAAUGGGCAUCUCAUGUAUGUUUCUGAUGUUUACGGAGGGAGAGCCUCUGAUAAGCACAUCGUUCGGACCUGCGGGGUUGAGGACUUCCUACAGAGAGGAGACGAAAUCAUGGCUGAUCGAGGCUUUGCACUCGAAGCUCACUUGGAGGCCAGGGGGAUCAAGUUGAAUGUGCCUGCAUUCACGAGGGGAAAGCCCCAACUGUCGGAGACUGAGGUGACUAAGACUCGACGUAUUGCGUCUGUGCGGAUCCACGUGGAAAGGGCCAUUAACCGCAUCAAAACAGUUGCCUCCUCCUUGUCGGUCACUCCGAUUGACUCCAGUCUCCAGAUUCGUUCCAAGCAGUUCAUAGUUUCAGAUUCCACCACCAAUGUUCUCAGGGCUGUCGUCUGCAUGCAAUGUGCGUCAUGAAGCAUUGCCCCUCCCAAGGUCUGGGAUAAUCCGUUCCAAGGUGUUCUCGUCUGCUCCGAGCUUUUCCUCGAAUGGUUUGAAUUUUCCUGUCACAAGGUCCCAGUGAUGCUCCAAGCCGAUAAGAAGCUGAACGUUGCUUCGUUGCUUGUUGCAAGCGUAAUAAUCCACGCUAAGUUCAUCGCCCGAGUCAAGGUCAGGGGCAACAUUCUAAAUUGAGGACGUAGACCGCACAGGCUGGCCCAGUCAGGCGUCGUCUUUGUCGUCUUUUUAUUUACUAUGGUGGCGCCCUUUUGUGUACAGCGCCAGCGUCGGAAGGAAUUGGAUACUUCCUCUUGCUGAUGGCUGACACGCUGACACCGGUAUCCAACUCGCAUGCGUUGACGGCAACUUCGACACGCAUUGGCUCUGGUCUGGUCGCUUGAAGCACCCAAAGGUCGUAC